AUGCUUGCUCCUCAAACGAGCAAGCAUUACCCAUUUUGCCACGUGUCAACCCCAUCCCAGAGUUUGUCACCCCCAGGCAGUUGUCGGGUGGGAGUGAGGCUUCACCGCCGCACCAACCUGCCACAACAGACAGCACGCGGGCUCACUGGCUACGGGGACAGCAGGCUGGUCCGGUUGAUACCCCACAUUCGCCUCGCCAAGACGGGUCUGCCAGUGUGGAUGUUGGGGUUGGGUGCUGAUCGGUUGCGAGCCGACAUGAAUCGGUUGCUCGCAAUGCUCUUUCACCAGGGAGUUUUGGAUGAGCAAUUCUUGCAGCUUCAACAGCUCCAAGAUGAGAGCUCCCCAAACUUUGUUUCUGAAGUUGUUAACAUCUACUUUCAUGAGUCUGAGAAGCUCUUAAGAAAUCUCAGAGAAUUAUUGAUGGAUAGAGAAUUCUCGGACUACAAGAAAAUGGGGACACAUUUGAAUCAGUUUAUGGGAAGCAGCUCAAGCAUUGGAGCCAAGAGAAUCAGAAACGUCUGCGUUGCUUUUCGCGCUGCUUCUGAACACAACAACCGUGCUGGGUGCCUGAGAGCUUUGGAGGUGCUAGAACAUGAAUAUUGCUACCUCAAGAACAAAUUGCAUGAAUUAUUCCAAAUAGAGCAGCAACGAGUCUUGGCAGCUGGGGUCAGGUACCCAAUGCAGAACAAUUAA